CACAGUGACGUUUUACGUUUUCGUAUUGCCAGUAUCCAAAAAGGGACUGUGAUUGCAAUAAUAAUGUUUUGCGACCCUUAUUCUCGCCAAUGUUAGUUACUACCGACAAAUAAUUUAAUCCCAGGUAAAUUCAACUCAUUCACCUUGUUAAAUCUUUGUCCUUAAAACAAAGAAAUCGGGUGUCUCUCGAUCAAAGGUUGAGUAUGUUUUUAAACCUCGAUAAUUUCUAAAUAAUUAGUUCCUCAUGCGUCACACCGAACAAUUAACAAGAAAAACGUGUCUGUAGCUAGAUAAGGUAUAAGAAAAACCAUGGCUGAGCCCAAUGGGAUGGCCUUUCCCCAUGGAAAACUACCACCAAUGCAUUUCAACGGUUUACACUCAAACAGCUCUUCGAGAGGGGCCUCUCCUGUCUCCAGAGCAGGAUUAAUACCCUCCUCGCAACUACCCCCAAGCAGGACCAGCAUACCGCAGUCACAGUUACCCCCAAUGAGAUCCACAACGGGAGGAUUAACCCAUAAAGUUGAUCAGCUAAGUAUCUCUGGCCAAAAUACUCCUAAUAUAAGUCCAAGCAGGUUUAGUGCGUCCACCCCAAACCAGGAAGGUUUACACAAACCCACUUUUAGUGAAAACUCAUCCCCUAUAGUGCCAACAAACCAUUUAGAUAAUGUGCCAUUAAAAGACAAUGCUUUGGACAAUGAAAAUAAAAAUGUGAACCCUAGUGCAGUGACCUCUUUAGGGCAAACGAGUCAAUAUUUCAGUCAAAGCUCCAGUCAGAGUAGUACUUUUGAAUCACAAUUGAAUGGCCCCACUAUUACCCCAAGUGUAUCACAGACCAUAAGCCAGCCACAUCUACAACAAACCACCACUACUAGUCAAACAAACAAUUCUACACAACACUAUUUUCAGUCUCAAAAUGUAGGGCAAGAGGCUCUAUUUAAUAUUCAACAAAGUGCACCACCACCUCAAAUAAGAAAUGUUCCUCAACAACCUUAUGGUGUAGCAACUCAGCAGAAUGUGGUGCAAAGUACUCCACAACCGAUGCAAACUGUUUCAAACUCUAAUAUUGCCAGUUCAAGUAGUAAUUGGCCCCAGCAGAGUGUUGUAGGGAGAAAUACUCCUCAAAAUUUAUUUGGACAGGGCCAACCGCCUUUUAGUGUCGGAAUUACUGCCAGUAGUUCAGUACAGCAGGCACAAAGUGUUAUGAGUCAACAGGUGAGACCUCCUCAGCCCCCAAACUCAGUUCAAAAUGGCCCUCAAAGCACACCCAUGCAACAACCACCUAAAAUAGGCCAGACACUCCCAACUCAAAAUCCUCCCACAAACUUCCCUUUUAAUUCAAAUCAAAAUAUCCAGCCCCAAAAUCCACUCACAAACCUCCCAUUCAGUUCCAAUCAAAAUGUCCAACCCAAAAACCUCCCAUUUAAUUCUAAUAAUAGUUCCCAAAACCCCCCCACAAUCCCUCCAUUUAGUUCUAAUCAAAAUAUGCACCCUCAAAAUCCUCCGAUCAGCUCAUAUCAAAAUAUCUCUGCCCAACAGAGACCUCCAAACCCCACUACUGUACCACCAAAUGUUGCUCAACUGCCUCCACAGGUUCAAAAACCACCACUAAACCAAAGGCCCAGAUAUCCACAGACUUUACCCCCUGGUCCUCCGCAAACCAGUCAGUUCAAUAGUGGAUUACCUCAAAGAGUUUCACCUUACAAUAACCAAGGACCUCCGCCAGCCCCCUCACAAAGGUUCAAUCCCCAAAUAAAUUACAAUGUGGGACCUUCAGUACAAAAUCAACCUGGCCAAGUGAAUUAUGGAGCGAACGGACCUCAGUCAUUGCCUCCAAUGAUCAAUAAUAGAUAUCCAACUGCUCCAAAUGGCCCCUCGCAGAUUCCACCCGGUGGAGUGGUAAAAACUGGAUUUAAUCGCCUCUGGGGUGCGGACCAUUACAAUUUACUGGAAACCCCGGAAAUUUUACCGCCGACCAAAUUGGAAACGCCCAAAGUGCAUUUGGGCCAAGAACAAUUAAAUCAGGCGAACUGUAGCACCGAAGUGUUCCGUUGCACCGUGACGAAAAUCCCGGAAUCCGCGUCGCUUUUGCAAAAAUCCCGGCUGCCCUUGGGACUUUUGAUUCAUCCGUUUAAAGAUUUGAGUUACUUGCCGGUGAUUCAGUGUAACGUGAUCGUGAGAUGUCGCUCCUGUCGCACCUAUAUUAAUCCGUUCGUUUACUUUGUGGACUCCAAAAGGUGGAAGUGUAAUCUUUGCUUUAGGGUGAACGAGUUGCCCGAGGAGUUCCAGUAUGAUCCGGUCAGUAAGACUUAUGGGGAUCCCAGUAGGCGCCCAGAGAUUAAGAGCAGUACUAUCGAGUAUAUUGCGCCUGCUGAGUAUAUGUUGAGGCCACCUCAACCUGCUGUUUAUAUGUUUUUGUUGGAUGUGUCGAGGUUGGCCGUGGAUAGUGGAUACUUGGAAAUUUUAUGUGCUGUUUUACUGGAGGAACUCAAAAAUUUACCGGGUGAUGCAAGAACCCAGAUAGGCUUCCUAGCCUAUGACUCUGCCCUACAUUUCUUCUCCCUAGCGGAAGGGUUAAAUCAGCCCCACGAAAUGACGGUUUUAGAUGUGGACGAUGUGUUUCUACCCACCCCCGAUAACCUCCUGGUUAACCUGAAAGACCGCAUGGAAAUGGUGGAGGAUUUACUGAAACUGUUACCCUCUCGUUUCAGUAACAGUUAUGACGAUUGCAGUGCCUUAGGGGCUGCUUUACAGGUGGCACACAAAAUGAUGGGACCAACAGGUGGCAGGGUGUCAGUGUUCCAAUCGGCCCUUCCCAACACAGGACCGGGCGCAGUCACCUCCAGGGAAGACCCCAACCAAAGAUCAACCGCGGAAACCGCCAUGCUGAACCCCAUAAACGAUUUUUAUAAGAGACUCGCCCUCGAAUGCUCCGGCCAACAAAUUGCCGUCGAUUUAUUCGUUCUUAACUCGCAGUACGUGGACAUGGCCACCAUCAGUGGCAUUAGCAGAUUCAGUGGAGGUUCGGUACAUCAAUUUCCGUUAUUCAAAUCCACCAGACCCUUACUAGUCGAUCAAUUCCAAAAGGACCUGCGAAGAUACCUGACGAGGAAAAUCGGGUUUGAGGCCGUAAUGAGGGUCAGGUGUACUCGUGGGAUGGCAAUUCAUACUUUCCAUGGAAAUUUCUUUGUGAGGUCCACUGAUCUUCUUUCGUUGCCGAAUAUUAACCCGGACGCCGCCUUUGGUAUGCAAGUGGCCAUAGAGGAGAACUUAACUGAUUCUCAGUCGGUUUGUUUUCAAGCCGCGCUUUUGUAUACGUCCAGUAAAGGUGAAAGAAGAAUCAGAGUUCACACAUUGUGCCUACCGAUCGCUAACACCUUGCAUGACGUAAUUCAUUCCGCAGACCAGCAGUGCAUUAUUGGUCUAUUAGGAAAAAUGGCCGUAGAUAGAUCGACGCAGUCGUCGUUAUCGGACGCCCGCGAAGCGUUCAUAAAUGCCGCCGUGGACGUUUUGACGUCAUACAAGUUUUCGUUGAAUAUGGGCAGCGCCACUUCGGGACUCCUAGCCCCCGAAAGUCUUAAAUUGUUGCCGCUGUAUAUCGCCGCUAUUUUAAAACAUCCGGCUUUUAGAAUAGGAACACCGACAAGGUUAGACGACCGAGUAAAAGCAAUGAUAGACAUGAAAACCCUUCCGUUACCGUUGCUAAUUCAACAAAUUUACCCCGACCUCUACCCCAUACACAACUUAGAAGACCAAUCGGUGAUUUUAAACAGCGAGGAGGAAGACGUGCCGCUACCACCCAGACUCCACCUGAGCUCCCGCAGUCUUUCGAACAAAGGAGCGUUCCUGUUGGACUCCGGGGAUCACAUGAUGAUCCUGGUGGGCCCCAAUGUCUCCAGAGAGUUCCUAACCGACGGCUUAGGGGUCCCAGACUACCAGUCGAUCGGAGACAGCAUGAUCGAAAUCCCCGUACUGGAAAAUCCGACCAACAAGAGGCUGAAUUUGUUCAUAAAUUAUUUGAACGAAGAAAAACCGUACGGAUUAUCGUUGCAAGUGAUAAGGGACAACAGUCCGCACCGCGGGUUAUUUAUCGGGAGAUUAAUCGAGGACAGGAUGGAGAAUUCGUUGAGUUAUUACGAGUUUUUGCAGCAUUUAAAGACGCAAGUGAAAUAGCGGAGCGACAAGCGGGUUUUUUGGCAAACGGUCGGCGAGUUUGCCGGCGGCAGGUAGUAAGAGCUUGUAAAUAACAGAAUUAUUUAUUUCGGUGUGCCGAUUUUAUGUUUUGAGAUUAGUUCUGGGUGUGUUUGUGCGAUUUAAGACUCGACGAUUCGCAGUAUUUUUUCUUUUUAGAAUAAUAUAAUGUAUAGAGGAGGCUUAAAACAAUUCGUCAAAUGCCGAGGUUAUAAUGCAACAGUUCGUCCAAUUUUUUGCGUUAAGAAUAUAAGAGAUUUUUCUUAAUUCCGUGUGAAAAAUACUCUUUUACAUAAACUUUAUGGGAUUUUGUCAAGUAUGGCGAGAUUGCCAAUUUCCUUCCUUUCAUUUUUCCGAGAACAUGAUUGAUCUAAAAAUUAGUGAUGGCAUAAUUCAAAUUAAAAAUCAUUGAUAAAGGGUUUUCCAAUAAGAGGUGUUAUUUUCACAUUCAAAGAAAAAUGCCCUUUUUUAGGAUAAAUGAUCGGGUAUUGAUUACAUUUUAAAGAGGGAAGUAUGCCGUUAAUAAUGGAAAAUAACAUCAGCCAAAUGACACCACUAUAGGACCAUAUCUUUUUCAUUAAAUUUUCUUAAAAAAGUACUUUACAUAAAAUGAAACAAAUAAUUUUUUUUUAAAUAAAAAAAGCAAGUAGGGUCAAUUGGGGUAAUUGUGGACGAUAUUUAAUGUUUUGACUUGCUAACGAUUUUUGUGGACAUCACGCAUUAUGUUAUAUAUGUAAAUUAGCAGUCACAUAGCUCAUAGUAUCUUCUUUGAUAAUUACUAUUGGUUUUCUGUAAUUACACGUCACAUUAAGAUGAAAAAAUAUAUUCAACAUGCUUGUCCGUUUACAUUUGCCACUACUCUUUAGGGGUAAUUGUAAACAAGCAUCUCUUGACACAUUUACUCUACCAGAAAAAAACCUGGGGCAAAUGUAAACAAACUAUAUAAAGUCGCUGUACAGGGUGUUUCAAAUUCAAGCCACAUCAUUGGGAUUUCGGAAACGGUAAGAGAUACAGGGUCGGUUAAAUUGGGACAACAAAAAGUCGCGUAUUCUUAUGCUUAACAAAAUGCCGUUUUAAAAUUUAAAAAAUUCCGACUACGUACGAAGUUAUUCGGAAAAUACCGAAAUUUUGAAAAAUCGUUUUUAUUUUUUUGUGAGGUUAUUUGAAAACAUAUUUUAAAAUAAUUGACACUUUAUUGUUGUCACUUUUUCUCCUCUACCAGAUGGCGUCGUCAAAUUUAAAAUCCGACGUUUCGUCUUUUGGCAACCAUCAUCAACUUUAUUUUUUUAAAUACGGCCCUGGAAUUUUUUUUACUCAUUUUAAUUCCCCUUUUUAUUCUUAGAGAAAUGACAUAUCACAUAGUUUAAUUUUUCAAUAUUUUGAUGUCAAAAAUUUACUUUUAUUAAAAAAAAGUUAAUACUGUCCUGUUGUUUGAAAUAAAAAGUAUCUUAACACUAUCAUUUAUUGAAUAAAUCAAUGUUUUUGACGAAAUUUUUUAAUUAUUAACAUGGUAAAAAUAGUAUAAAUUUGAUAUAUUAUACUAAAUUUUAACAAUGACAAUAGUAACAACUAUAAUUUAUUACUAAUUUGUAUGUUGAACAACACAAACUAAAAAUAAUAGAACUUAAUGCGAUUAAAUGCAAUAUUUUAAGUUUAAAGUAAAUAUUCAAACAGUUGACCCUGCACCUCAAUACAUUUCUGUAUCCUUCUACGUAAAUUUCCAGACACUGCCCGCUGGAUAGUCCUGGCUCGUAUACCCCUUAAUUCUGUCAAUAAAUUUGCACGUAAAAUGUUUAUAUCAUUUGGGGUGUUCUUAAAUAGUCUGUUCUUUAAAUAGCCCCAAAGAAAAUAAUCCAACGGGGAAAGAUCGGGACUUCUAGCUGGCCAGCGCACCACCCCUUGAUUUCCAAUCCACUGAUUAGGAAAAUUAUGAUUUAAAAAUCGUGUGACAUUCCUUCCCUUAUGGGGUGGUGCACCAUCCUGCUGCCACCACAAAUCGCGGAUAGUAUCAAGAGGUUCAUUUUCAAGAACAUCGAAUAUAUUUGGCAGAAUUAAAUCUAAAUAGCGCUCAGCAGUUAAAUUACCGUCGUAUAUAAUAGGUCCCAAAAUUCGAUUCCUGUAAAGACCCACCCAAACAUUGAAAGAAUUAUGCCCCUGUCUUCUUACUUCGCGGUUUUGUCUCGGAUUUUCGACUGAAUAAAAAUGUUCAUUAUUCCGAUUAAAUAGCCCGUUGGUCGAAAAGUUACAUUCAUCUGUCCAAAUUAUUUUGUUUAAAAAGUCUUCAUCAUCUUGCAGUUUUUCGUUCAACCAAUUGCAAAACUGAAGCCUUCUAUCGGUAUCUCCAUGCCUAAGUUCUUGACUGAUAUGAAGUUUAUAGGGGCGAUAGCGAUUUUUUCUCAAUACUCUAUGGAUACGGGUACUUGGCAUAUUCAAUUCACGGGAAAAUUGUCUGGUUGAACCUUGCGGAUUUUGGUUGAACCUUUAACGAAAGCUAUCUGAUAAAAAGUUAUUGUGAAAGUAUAUCGUUGUAAAACUUACAGCAUUAAUAAUCGCCUGCUCGGUUUCAGGAUGCACUCGAGUCCCAGACAUAUUUCGAGGUUUAGUGAAACUUCCAUAGAGGCUAAGGUUUCUGUCCAAAGCUCCGAAAUACGUAUAAUUAGGUUGGGGGCGCUCUGGAUAUUGCUCCAGAUAUUGUUGGCAGGAGCGUUGCGAAUUUCUAUUCAAAGAAUAGUAAAUUUGGACCAUAUCACGUUGUUCGCUACUGGAGAAUACCAUUUUUGAUUUCACAAAAUAUCGAAAAAGCCAAAUGUCAAACAGAUAUAAACAAUUAAUGACAGAUGGUCGUCCAUUUUUUUCUAAUUCAAAGCCAUCUUUGCUAAUAAGAAUUUUCAAGUUAUUCAGCCGGAGACUUAGACCAAGUGUCAAUUAUUUUAAAAUAUGUUUUCAAAUAACCUCACAAAAAAAUAAAAACGAUUUUCCAAAAUUUCGGUAUUUUCCGAAUAACUUCGUACGUAGUCGGAAUUUUUUAAAUUUUAAAACGGCAUUUUGUUAAGCAUAAGAAUACGCAACUUUGCCCCAAUUUAACCGACCCUGUAUCUCUUACCGUUUCCGAAAUCCCAAUGAUGUGGCUCGAAUUUGAAACACCCGGUAUAGCAAAAUAUUUUUUGAUAUAAGUCGUGUUUACAUUUACCCCAAAAUAAUGUGACCUGAAAAGUUUUGCUUGCAAUAUAAAUGAAAAAUCGAGAUAAAAGUAAAUAUUUUCUAACAGUUCUGUUUAUUUUAACUAAAACUAAACUAUUUUUGAGAACGCUAAUAAAAGAAAUUUAUUCUAAGUAUGUAAUUAUAAUAAUAUUAUAGCUAUAAAAAAUUAGUUUUGCUCAUAAACAGGAACUAUUGCUGGAAAGUUGUAUAGUAUUCUCUCUCCCUUCCUUUGAAUGCCAGGAUCGGGAAGCACACCAAUGAUUUGAUUCAAGUUUAUAUAACUGACAUCAGUUUCAACAAUGUUGAAAAGCAUUUUUGAUGCUUCCCAGGAUUUAAGACAAGUCACUUUGAUUUCCGUUAAUUUUUCAUCCACAGCUUCAAUUAAACACACAUAUUUAAAAAAAAAUAGUCUUUCUCUUUCCACCUUUGAACUGCACAAGAAUAAAUUUCCCUGUGGACAGGUCUGAACUCUCGACUGUUUUAAGCUCUAUAUCUUGUUUUUCCGGUUCUGCCCAAUCUAUUUCAUCAUCAGUAUCACCUAGACUUAUUUCUCCAUUAGAACUUCCCGACUCUGCAACUGGUUCACUUCUCAUUUUUUUCAAUUUCGGCUCUUUUUGUUGUCCGUUUUCAGAUUAGCCUUUUUUUCCUUUAUUUUUCUUCUUCUCUUGUGCUUCUCUCAGUCUUUCCAAGACUUGGUUGGUUGUUAAUACCUCUCCAUAUCUUUGUUGCUUUAAUCUCGGUAUGACUUGUUUUUUCUCUUUAACAAUAUCUACACGGCGGCUGAGUGGCAAGAAAAUGUUGAUAAUUUCUGUCGAUUUACUGAUAGACGAUGACGUCGAUGGUUGUGGACUAUGGGUAGAUGCCACUAAUAAUUUUUGGUAGUCAGUUGACGAUGUAGAAGGCUGCUUUCGGCUUUCAGCUGAUGACACUGAAUGAUGUUGACUACAAAAUGAUGAGGUUGAAGGCAUUUGAUCGUCGACCGUGGGUAGAAGUGGGUUUGGUUCAGAAAUUGCAACAACAGUUGAUUUAGAGGAUACUGGUUGGAUAAUAAUAGCAUCGGAUGUUACAGAUUUCGGAGCUUUGAGGGCAGCUUCGUAUUUGGCCAAGUCUUCUGGUGUAAAUUCAUUUUGUGGGAAUUUGUUUCGACAAACGAACUGGGUAUACGCCAGUAUUUUUAAAUCCAGAUAUAAUAUUGCUAGAAACCAUAGACUCUUGCCAAGUAAUGCCAAGUAAUUCGGUAAAUUUUUCCUUAGUUAGCCGUCCACAACCUCGUCCCAUUUGUUCCUUACCAAACUUCACCAAUUGUUUAUUCCAGUUCACCUUUAAGGGUCCGAAGACACUUGUCCAAAGGCUGAAGCUUAUCCGUAAGAUGUCUUGGAAACUUAUCAAAAUAAUAUUGUUGUGCAUUGCCUGAUAAUUCUGACGCUCAUAUGACUGCUGUGACCAUCAUAUAACAGUAGAGCGGCUUGAUCUAGAAGGUUUUGAGAAGUUCUUAAAUCUUUAAUAUGAGGUAUAAACCCUGUCGUAAACCACUGGAAAAAUUGCGGCUCUUCCAUCCAUCCAUUAGUGGAGGCCGCAUAUAGAGUUCCUGGAUAGGCGUUAUUGGAAGUUCAACGAGCCUGAACUCCAGCUCCCUUGAAUACGAUGAGCGGUGGAAGUGCUUUUCCAUCAGCAGAAACACAUCCUAAGACUGGCGUCGACUCUCUUCCAGAGCGUCCAGAUAUCCGGCACAGGGCCUUUCCUUUCUCUCCAAUUGCCCUAAUACGAUAGGGAUCAUUUUUAAAACCUGACUCGUCAGCAUUAAAAAUAAAGCUUCCUUUAUCAUCUAAAUUAUUUUCAUCAAUGAUUCUUUAAAUGGUAGACGAUCUCAGGUUUUCUAGCAUCCUUCCGCAGUUUUUGCAAAUGUUCCGGUUUCUUAAGAGACAGUUCAGGAUGUCUUCUCAUGAAUGAGUAGUACCAGUCUUCUCCCGGUACUCCAUUUUUUAAAUGAUGUUCUUAAACCUUUUGCAUUAACAUACUCCAACCAGUUGUCUAAGUUCUGCUUUGUCACAUGGUAGACCCAUCGCAGUACGUGCCAAUAAACAUUUCACUAUUUCAUUUUCGAUAUCUGAGGAUAAAACUUGGGAACGUCCACCCUUUGUCACAUUUAAUGGAGUCUUUCUUCCUCCUAUCCUUUGGUAAAUAACUGAUCUGGGAACACCAUAUAACGUUUCUGCUUGACGAUAGGUUUUAUUUUUAUUUUGGACAUCUGCAACGGCAUUCGCAACAUCUUCAGUUGUAUAAGAAGGUGCUUUUUUUUUCCUUACAUAAGUACGAGGCAUCUUUACACUGCAACAAGACAAAGAAAUUACUCAUUUUACAUAAAUUAUCGGCGAGACACUAAUUUUAUUAUGUUUACAAUUACCCCAAAAGUGUGUAUACAUUUUCCCCAAGAACAAAUUUAUUAGGGGGAAAUGUAAACAAACACUGAAUUAUUUUAGUGAUUAUAAAAUUUGUCGACAGACAUUUAGGCGUAAAAUAGACACAAUAGUAUAACAAACAAUGUCCAAAUGAAAAAUCUAACUUACCUCGAUUAUUUGCAUUCGAAAACUUCAGUGCCGAAAUUCAACAUAAAACCACGAAACACAUCAAAUUGCAUCAGCCAACUAAUGCAAGAAGAGCACAAACAGGAGUAAAAUUUCGAGGGAAACCGAGUUCGCCCGACGUAGGCACGACUCGAACAGUGAGCUUCGCGCCAAAUUUGAAAUCUAAAUGUUGUCGUGUUUCUUAUUUUAGAUGUGUCUACAAUUACCCCGGUUUACAUUUACCCCAAUUGACCCUAAAUAAAAUAUCUAACAAAAAACAAUACGUGUAAAGAAAAAUUAUGUAAUCUCAGUUUUUGGUUAACAGUCUACUUUUUCUUUGACUGGUUAUCUUUCCCGCUUUUGGAAAAAACUCUUUCUGAAGGUACAGAUUUGCACUGGACACAUAAUUUUCAUUUAUUUCUAAUAGCGGUAUCUCGAAAUGUCUUACCAUUAGAAUACUGGUUGGUUACUUACUAAUAUUUGCGUCAGCUCCCAUCACUAAUUUUUAAGCCAUUUAAAAACCAUAUUUUUAAAAUCUAGGAUCCAAAAAAAAAAGCCUUGGCAAUAAUUUUGUUAAAUUCAAAGCCCCAUAAACACCGUGCGACUGUAUCCAACACCUUCAAUUUUAAUUCUUCACCAAUGCUGCAAUUUGCGUUAACAUUACUUAAUUGUUAAAUGGAAUCCACAUAGAAGAGGAAUCAUUACUUAUAGUGAAGUAUACUUCUCACCUGACAGAACAGUCAAUUCAAGGUUAACCUUAAUACAAUUUUUAAGUGCCUUCCAUUUUUCCACAUCUAAAAAUUCAAGAGCCCUUGGCAAAUUUGCUAUUGCUACACCGCCUAAUGGAUUCUUAAUAAGUAAAAGCCUUUCAUUCAUAAUAAACGUGCUGUUCCAACAAUAUGACUUUCAAAAGUGCAUUUGUUCUUGAGCGUUUUUAAGUUUAUCAUUUACCACCACACUAUGUUUAACCAACGAUUUUUUUCAGAAAAGUGCUCAAUUUCUCUACCGAUGAUAUAGCUUCAGUAAUGCGUAAGUGUAGCAUAUGAGCGAAAGAUGGAUAUUUUUGAAACUAUUCGUUUACUGCUUUUUAACAUUAGCACCAUUAUCAGAUACUACAGUUACAAUUUUAUUUCCCGUAUCCCAAUUGUUCGAAAUGUCUUUUAAUUCCAUGGAAAUAUUCUCGGCAGUAUGGGAACCAUACAAUUCCUUGGUAGCUAAAAAUCGCACUUCACAUUUAUUUUCAUGAAUAAAAUGGCAAGCGACAGUUAUGUAGGCUUUGUUACUGUCCGAGGUCCAGAUAUCCGUCCUUGCAGACAUACAUUUACUUGAUUUUAAACUAUCUUUAAUAAUGAAGCAGGUUCGUUAUAAAAUUUCGGGAGUAACUCACAUGUUAACUUUUUCCUAUCUUGUGGUGAGUAUCGAGGUUUAAGUUCAUAAGUAUACCCUAAGGAAACCUGGUUUUCGACGAUAGAUAAAAUUUUUCAAAUUUUACUUUCUGAUAGAUCGCUUCAUGCAUUUGGACCAAAAAGUUUUAAUUGCUUAAUUGUUUGUGGUCUAAUGAAUUUUUCAGGUAAUUUGAGUUUGCGAGUUGGUGGAAGGACGUAUCAAAGCAUCAUAUGACUCUUCUGCUCUUAUGGAAGGUUCUACUUAAAUAAACGUCUUAUUAUUAUUAUUACUUGGGUUGAUACUGGAACUGAAGCUAAAACUGAGGAUUCAUUUACUAUUUGGUCUUUUGAGGUUUCUAUUUCAUCUGAGAGUGGAGCAACUUCUAGCGAUAAUGUUGGAUCUAUUCUUAAUAGGUGUUGUUUUAAAUUGGUCGAUUCACCAAAAUAUUUUAACAUUAUGCAUGUUACAAACGGCUUGUUUUGCAUCGAGUUUGUUAAAAUAAUCCCAAGCUACUGUUUUCCGAAUCUCAUCGUAAACAUCAUAUACUAUUUACAAUAAUACUGACUUCUCGCUGUUUACUAAUAAUAUAAAAUUAGAAAUAUUAAAAUUUUAAAUAUACUUUUUUAAGAUAUAGCAACACUGUAAUGAUCAAGGAACAAAAAAAAUACAAAACUAAUUAUUUGUCAAGAAUUGAUCAGGUGUUAUAGGUCUUGAGAUUUGCGAUGUUGCAAUAUAUACACACGAGUGAUUUUUAAUUCGAAUUAUAAUCCGAUUAUUGAAUUCAUGCAAUUUUUCCCAUCACUACUAAAAAUAAUUUGAUUUAAAACUCUUCUAUAUAUCGUAUAUUUUUUACUUAAAAUUGUAGAGUCUUAAAUGGCACAAUCAUCUUCUUUAUUUUUCCCCCAAUUGAACUAUACAGGGUGUCUUUUUUUGUGUGUGCUACUAUUACUACUUCAGAAACUAUGAAAUAUCCUGUUACGGCAAAAUGUUGUUGAUUAGUUUCUGCUAUUUAGGAAGAACUCGGAAAGGAAAAAUGAAAACUGCUAUUCAACUUCCUGGAAGAAUAUUACUUCCAGGCAGUUUAAUACCACUUAGACGAAUACACACGACGUACAUCAGAAAUUAACUUUUUUUCCAGUACGUUUAUAGUUUCUAAGUGCAUGCACCUCUCCUUAUAGGAUGAUUUUUAAUUUUACUUAUUGAAUUUAGAGAUGUUUUUAACCCCUUCAAACCUGAUUUUUUUUUAAUAGAGCAAUAAAAUUUUUUGAUAGAAAUUAAUGCUUAAAGGGAGCUCAAAAGUGAUAAUAUAUACAAUAUAUGUAUUUUUUUUAAUCAUUUAAACAAAAAAAAGUUUGUGCAUAAUUGUGCACAGGGGGCUUGUACCACAAUGUAAUAAUACCUUUGCAAAGUAAAUAAAUAGAUAUUCAUAUACUUGCAUAACAUAUUUAUUGAUGAAAUUAUACAUUUUUAUUUUUAAAAAAAUGUGUAAAGAAAAAAUUGACAUUAGAAUGGAAUACAUGUGGUAUAAGCAUAGUAUAACAAAACAAAAUUACUUUCCAUGAUACAACAAAAAACAGUUUCUUUCUUUUUUUAUACAAAUGUGCACAUUGCAUUUUUCAAAAAAAAAUUAGUCUUCUUAUUGCAGUUUGAGUACUCGCAUCGUUUUCCUUCUUUGGCUCCAUCGAGUUGAGGCAUAUGAUCUGCACUAUCAUACCGAAUUGCAGGAAUAGUUGGGGUUUCUUCAUGUCCUAAUUUUUGUUUUUUUCGCGGUAUUGGUGGUGUCUCGCUGCCACUAGGUCUACCUCUUUUAUUACCUUGAAUUGUCUUAUUUCCUUUGAUUAAACCUUCACCAAGCCGCAUUUUGAAUUCCAAAAGUGAUAAUUGUUCUUUUAUUGGAAUAUUGAGGAUCUUACAAUCUUGUCGAUAUUUAAACCAACUAUUUACUGCAGGAAAAUCCACUGCAUGAAAAAUAAUUCUUAGGGUCCAUUUUCUUGAACGAAUAUAAAUUCUAUACAAACUUAUCAUCUGAUCCAGAAGAUCAACACCGCCAUUAGAAUGAUUAUAAAGUUUUACGAUUUCUGGUCUUGGUACAUCUAUAUAGCAUUUUUUAUUCUUAUCUCAUCUAACAACAGUAUCUUAAUUUCCAACACCGACAAAAUUUGAAGCCAAAACUACACUAGGAUUGUCCACCCAUUUUACCAAAACAACAUCAUUAUCCUUACUCUUUAGUUGUUCGUUAGGGCCUCUUCCCUGCCUUUUCAUAUCUUUGUCGCUAUUCAAUGGUAGGUUGCUAAAUCGAUUGACUCUAACGGUUCCCGCCGCUGAUAUUUUUUUUUGACUUGAGAAGGGCAGCAUAGGAAGAAAAAUAGUUGUCAAAGUAUAGUUUGUGCCCUUCAUUUGUUAUUCUUUCGCAAAGUUGAAGUACUAUUGUGGCACCAAAUCCAAACCUUUUCAUUAAAUCGGCACUCAAUCCUAUAGACCCGCCUUGGUAUAAAAUAAAAUCAUAGGCCAUUCCCGAUUUUCCACAUAGAAUAAACGAUUUUAUUCCCCAGGGUGUAGGUUUGUUUUUUAUGUAUUGAACAACAGAAAAAUGUCCUCUAAAGAGAAUAAUCUGCUCGUCGAUGCAAAGAUUCUCUUCCAAUUUCAAUUCCAGACAUUGUUUUCGAAUACCUUCAUAUAAAGGACUUACCUUAUAAAAUUUAUCUGUUGUAUCUUUGGGAAUGUCUAAGUUGUUUACACAAUGCAAGUUACAACGAAGUUGAAAAAAACGAUCUCUUGACAUACUUUCCCCAAAAAUGUUAAUACGCAAAGUUUUAUUCCAAUAUAAACGUACUUGCGGAAACUUCAAGCACCCUGCUAUAAUGUGUAGACCAAACAAGCUUUUUAUUUCAUCUGAAGUUGUAGUUUUAAAUCUAGUUUUAUCAUUUUGAAAAGCGUACAUGUUGGUAAAUUCAGCCAUUUCUUGAAAUUGAACAUCGUCUAUAUAUUUACCGAAGUAUUGUAAUGGAUCUUGAACCUCAGACUCAACAGACGUAUUGAUAUCCGUUUCUUCUUUCCAUACAAAGUCGGGGGGCAAAAAAUCAUCUUUAGUCCAUUUUCUAGAUUCUUUCGACGUGACAAUUUUGCUGAAUUCAUACUGUUGUGAUGUAGGGGGACCAGUAAAAAUUGACAGGGGCAAGUCAUCCUCGUCAUCCCAGUGCAACUCCGGUAUUUCCACUGUAGUGGGCCCCUUCUUUGUCAGCACCCAGGCGAACGAUAUUUUGCGCACUGGGUUGAGAUUCUUCAAAUUUAUAUAAAUUAUUACACUCCCAUUCCUCCUCACUAAGUUCAAUGUCGGAGGUUGAUUCCGAAAAUUGCAAUAAAACUGCAGCAUCUUUUUCAUUUUCUGGGUCGUAUAUUUUCCCUAAAAAAAUACACCUUGUAUCUACUAACGUCAAAAUACACACUAAUAAGAUAUAAAAAAAAAUUAUUUUAUUAUUCUUAUGCCAAACAUGUAUAUAAAUCGAAUAAGUAUAAAAAAUAUAACGUCGAGAUCGGGUGUGCAUAAUUAUGCACAAACAAAAACAGAUUAUGUUUUUAUGCUUAUAAAGACAUGUUUUUAUCAAAAUACUCUAGAAACUAAAUUUGUCUAUCCCUGUGCUAAAUAUUUGUGCAAAAAAAAAUGCAAAAAACAUUUUAGAUUUCAUUGAUUAUUAUGGAUUUAUUUUUACUUACCACAGCAGAUUUGGUGCAUGGCGGCUAUUGCCAAUAAAUAAAUGAAAAUUCUGACACUACUUCCAUCUAUCGUAUCCCAAAUCGAUAAAACUUUAGAGAAAACUGAACAACUUAUUUAUUCAGAGUAAUAUUACAGACUAGUUUAAACUUAUAUCACUAGAGGGUGACGCUUGAAAUAACUGUGCAUAAUUAUGCCCAGAGGGUCUUAAAGGGUUAAAGAAGGGGUAUUAGAAUAAAUUAAAAAUCAUCCUAUACUUCAACCGAAAGUUACAGGCAGCAUAAAAAAAUUCAUUAUUUUCAAAAAAUGAAGAAAAUUUGGUUCUUCAGAGAUUUGCUUCUAGGAAAUGAACAAAAGUUGAAUUACAGAUUUAACAUAUCAAUUAGGCCUUACUAUUGAAAAAUUAUUUAAGAUUCCCGGACAUUCUCAAAUAAAUUUGGAUUUAAAGUGAGUUUUUUUAAAUUAGAUUUUUUUUUACGCUUUAACGUUAAAAACAAAAUUUCUUCGCAUUCUUGGUCCACAUCUCUAUCCCCAUAAGAUCAUCCUCAGGACUGAAACCUAAUAUCAGUUUCUUAAUUUCCUUUCUAUUUCUCGUGUUUUUCAACUUUAGUCCUGACGAUAUUCAAUACAAAAGUUGAUAACGUUGUUCAAAUAUAUUUUUGCCUUCAACUAUUUGCCUGUAACAAAUAUAUCAAAUAAUAAUAAAUUCCUUUUUAGGUGAAUUUUGCCAAAAAGCUGUGGAUUAUAAUCUUAAGGUGCGUGUAUAUUAGUUUAGAUAAUUAAAACGAAAAAAAAAACUAUUUAAAGACUUGUUAUAUGGCUUAGGAAAAACUGUUGUUACAAAUAAAAAAAUUGUUUUGCAGAGUAUAACCACGUUCUGCUCAAUUUUUUUUUACGAAAACACUACUGUAUAUAGGAACAAUUUACUCUUUGGUUGGUUUGUUUAGGGCUUGAAUUUAAAACCGGUCUGAUAUAUAUUUUAUUGUUUUCUUUAUUCUACACGUAAAAUUUGCUUAUAUUGGCCCAUACAUAGUUAAGAGUGACUGUUUUAGGUAUAACGUUUAUUGUUCUUUUAAAAUAUAUUGAUGUAUUUUAAUUUUAGAUGCAUUUUUGUCACAUAUUCACCCUGCGGUUAUAUGGUCUUUUUUUUUUGUUAGUUUAUUAUUAUUAUUAUAAUUAUUGAUAUUUUAAUUAUUGUGAUAUAAUAUAUUAUAUUUCUUUGUUCUAUGGAAGGAAGAAUCAUUAAAGUAGCAAUAAUUUU